CUUCGGCCUCAAACCUGGUCAUUGUGUGGAGGUGGAGGGCUUCAUUCCGAGGGCUGUAGAAAGUUUUUCAUCAACUUGGGAAAAGAUGCCAAGAAUUUUGAGGUACACUUUGAUAUUCGAUUUGACUUCCAGGGAGAAAAGCAUAUUUUAGCCUUGAACUCGAUGGAGGACGGUGUCUGGGGAGUGGAGCAGAGGAAAAGAAUCUUUCCGUUCCAGGAGGGAUCAGACACCGUGGUUUGCUUCCAGCUUGAGCUAGACAAGAUCACCAUACAAUUACCUUCAUUUCCAGUCCGCUUUGCCAUAGAGGAGAAAACCUCUUGGCUGUGGAAAACCUCCGGAUCAAGUCUAUCACAUUUAAAUAAAGAAUCCCUCAAUAGAGGAGCUGCCUGUCCCAUGUGUCCAUAUCCGGGCUCUGUAAAUUGGCCAUUGUGGAGAAAGUUAAAAUGUAUUUUCUCCUCUUUUAUACCCCCCCCCCCCCCCCCCCAUCCAAUCUGCAUCCUUGCUGCUCAUGUAGACAUACAUUGUGCUUUGCUCAGUCCAUUUAGUACAAAUUAA